AUGGCUAGCGAACCUACAGAAACCCCUGGAUUGACUCUGCCGCCCGCUCCAACGCCAGCGUGGGAGGUCUUACAGAACCUCCAGCAGGGCCAAGAGAAUCAAGAUCCAGAGCAUGAUGAUGCCGAAACUGACGAGGGCUUUGACGGUCACAGUGAUUCAGACCUGGAUUCAGCCCUGGGAUCCAAUGCAGCUGACUCGACUUAUUCUCUGAGCUCAAGUAUCUUUGAGUACCGAACCUUACAUGGAAGGACCUACCAUUCGGAUAGAGGUACAGCUCAAUACUGGGCAUCAAAUGAUGAUCAGGCUAGUCAAUCUUUGGACCUUGCACAUCAUUUUACCCUCCUUCUGCUGGAAGAUAAACUCCACCUGGCACCCCUCAAGCCAGAUAUCCGUAGAGUGCUUGACAUUGGAACGGGAACAGCUAUCUGGGCCAUUGACUUUGCCGACGAGCAUCCUCAUGUCGAGGUCGUGGGCACUGAGAUCAGCCCUAUUCAGCCAACCUGGAUGCCAUCGAAUCUACAGCUCGAAAUCGAGGACUGCAACGAUACCUGGACCUUCCAACCCGACUCCUUUGACUUCGUCCAUAUGAGAUUCAUGCUGGGGAGUAUCACAGAUUGGACUGCCACUUUCAGAGAAUCUUUCACAGCUUGCGCCCCCGGCGGGUGGGUUGAAAGCUACGAAGUAUCAUCCACUAUGGAGAGCGACGAUAAUUCUAUCCCAGAUGGAAGCGCCAUGAAACGCUGGGGUGAAGUAUUCGAAGAAGGCGGCCAACGCGCAGGAAGAAGCUUUGCCAUGAUCCGAGAAGACGUGCAGAGGAAGUCGAUGGAAGAAGCGGGAUUUGUCAACAUCCAUGUCGUGGACCUCAAGGCACCACUUGGACCCUGGCAUACCGAAGAACGGCUCAAGAAGGUUGGGCAGUAUAUGCAGGCAGCUCUGGAGCGAGACUAUGAAGGGUAUCUCUUGUUCCUGGCGUGCGAGCUUUUGGGGUGGACAGAGGAUCAGGUCAGGGCUCUGUGCACCCAGCUCCGACGAGAGAUCCGAUCAGGUCAACAUCAUCCGUAUUUUAGACAAAGGAUUGUGUACGGUCAGAAGCCUGAAAUCUGA